GCUUUUAUAUUUACUUUGGAUUUGCUUUGUGAGAUAACAGUUUGAAUUAUUCAAGGGGAGUAAAUUAAAGAAUGAAAACCUCUCAUGGGAUAGUAAUAUGUUCAGAGAAAUAGGAAAGUAGAAACUUCCAUUAUUAUUUUAAAAUGUAUUGUAUAUGAUUACUAGGAUUCAUUUUAAAUGAUUAAAUAAUCCAUCCUAUUAUUUUUUUCAAAAUUAAUGAAAUAUAUGGUUAAACGUGCAAACAAUGAAAGGUAACUGAGCGGGAGUGGUUACAUUCACUGUGACAAUGGUGCCCCCUGUUGGUCAAUUGUAGGCAAAUCUUGAAUAGUUGCCACAGACACUAGAUGCGCAUGCGCAGAUAGUAACGUCUUCGAGGAAACGUCGCAUUUAUCUUGAACAAAUUAUUGUAGUUCAUAAAUACACAACAUGAUAGCUAAAGCCCCCUCUUAAAGAUAUAACACCGAUGGGUGGCUCCCAUAAAAAAAAAAAAAAGUUGUGAACAAGACUGAGCAGACGUCAAUUGCUUCGGAGCAGCGGACAAGGCUAAGUAUGGAGAAGGUGAAACAGUUUCUCCCAUGGCUGGAGUUGGACACUCGGUCGACAGUCGCCCUCGUCGCCGGGGUUGCCGCCUGCCUCGCGGGGGCUCUGGUGGUUCUGGCCCGGGGGGUCGGCGGCCGCGUGGAGGCCGGGAGGAAGAUUCAAAGAGCCAGAAAACGCAGAGAUGGCAGCCUGGAGAAAGCCGAACAGGCUGUACUUCAGUACAAGAACUUGCAUCCCAAGAUGGACUCCUCUCUCAUUUUGUCCUUGUCCCUUUCCGAGCUGACAAAUAAACUGCAGAAUGGUCUGCUGAGUCCCGAAGAUGUGUUUUACUCCUACGUGGAAAAGACUAUCGACGUGAACAAAAAGUUGAACUGUUGCACCGGUAUCUUGCUGGAGAGCUUUGAGCAUCUGAAAGCGCUGGACCCCAACGACCGAGGUCUCCUGUAUGGCGUUCCGGUCAGCAUCAAGGAGAACGUGGCGUACAAGAACUCCGACUCCUCGUGCGGCCUGGUCCUCAACCUGGACCAGCCGUCCGAGACGGACUCUGUAAUCGUGCAGGUCCUGAGGAGCCAAGGCGCCAUUCCAUUUGUCAAAACCAACAUCUCUCAGAGCAUGUUGAGUUACGAAUGCAGUAACGUCAUCUAUGGACCGACGGUGAACCCCCACAACCUCCAAAAGACCAGCGGAGGUUCUUCGGGCGGGGAGGCAGCCCUCAUUGGCGGAGGAGGCUCCAUACUCGGCAUCGGCAGCGAUAUCGGGGGCAGCGUCCGUAUCCCCGCAGCAUUCUGCGGGAUUUGCGGCUUCAAACCUACAGGGGGGCGACUGAGCAAGCAGGGUAUGAGCACUAUUUGCUUGGGGCAAAAGUCAGUGACAGGAUCAGCCGGGCCCUUGGCGAAGGAUGUGGACAGCCUGGCCCUAUGCAUGCAGGCGUUGCUCUGCGACCACAUGUUUGCCCUGGAUCCAACCGUCCCUCCCGUGCCUUUUAAUGUGCAGGUGUAUAAGUGCACCAAGCCUCUGAGGAUCGGCUACAUGGAAAGCGACGGCUUCACGCAACUGACGCCGAGCAUGACCCGAAGCCUCCGAGAAGUCAGAACUUUGUUGGAGCAGGCGGGGCAUACCCUGGUGCCGUACACUCCUCUGAGGAUCAAGGAGAAUUUUGAAGUCACUACCAAAGGCGUCUUUGCAGAUGGAGGCGCCAACCUGAUACAAAAACUGAAAGGGGGACCUCUUGAUCCAUCCCUCAAACUUCAAGUCUACCCUUUCUAUCUCCCGUGCUGGUUGAGGAAGACCCUCUCCUUCCUGAUGAGGCCUCUGUCCCCUCGUGGUUCUUCCCUCAUGCGAGCCUCCACUGGAGUUGGAUCCGUUUUGGAGUUGUGGAAGCAGCACGCGGCGGUGGAGGACUAUAUUCAGGAGACCUUGGCCGAAUGGACGAGGCGCGACAUUGACGUGCUGCUCUGCCCCAUGUUCGGACCCGCCUACAACUUCUUUUACUGCGGCAGGCUUCCUUUUCCUCUGUUUUACACGGCAAUCUACAAUCUGCUCAAUUUCCCUGCCGGCGUGGUCCCCGUUACCACGGUGACGGCCGAGGACGAGGAGGAACUGCGGAAUUAUAAAGGCUUGUUCCAGGACUUCUGGGACAAGCUUUUCAAAAAGGCAUUGUUGGGAGGCCGAGGUCUGCCGAUGGCCGUGCAGUGUGUGGCUCGCCCGUGGCAAGAUGAGUUGUGCCUGCGCUUCAUGAAGGAGGUGGAGGAGCUUGUGAAACAGAGCAGGAUGAAGUAAGGCCUCAACCGUCGACGUCUGGACACUCAAGAUGGGCCAGUCUGUGACGUUAUUGUCAAAUGCAACCGUUUCCUCUUUGCGCAGCUUGUGUGUAUUUUAAUGGAAAGAAGCGCAAUACACCUGACACGCAAUACCAGUUAAAAAUACUUUGUAGAGCUAUUGAAUAAGAAACUGUGUAAACCUUUCCCUGGUGUGUAGCCUUCCAUAUGUAAUAGUGGGGGGGGGGAUGGGCGUGUGUCCCAAUACUUUUGUUCAUGAGUCUAUGGUAGUCCAUUGGAAGUAUAGCGAUUGGAAAUACUGACAAAAUGAUGGUUCUGCAAUGAUAGGAAAGCAACUAUACAUUUUUUGUUGAAGGAAUUGUUGUUGCAUACAUUGAAAGUGCAAACGGAAUCAAACGGACCAAAACUUCGUGGGCUAUUUUUGACAAGUGUGAAAAUAGUUGGAGCAAUAAAAGAAAAACAGGUUGUUAAAGGCCUCAUGCUAACACAUGAUUCAAAACGGCAUAGAUGGGCUAACACAAUGUUGUAAUGUAAAUGUUUGACUACAAACUGUUUUGCUUCACCCUAACCCUAAUGUGGCGAUAAUCAUGAGCUUGCACUUUUUGAUUCUCUAAGAAAGUUUUGAAAAACGACUUUAUUUACUGCACGACUGCAUUAUACUGCCCCCCGAUGGCUAAAUUGCUUACAUCACAAGGCGCAGCAAUAAAUUAGUCAUGAUGCACUAAAAUUCUAUGCAAUUACGUGAGUACUCUGUUUUGAUAAAGUGUAUUUUUUCAUUUUUGCACUAAAGACUUGAAGUAAAACAUGAUAAAAAUGAUGCACUCCUGUUUUUGAGUUGUUUGAAGGAUGUAAUCCUGUAAUCAUUUUCACAUCUCAUUGACCUUUCUAUGUCUUUAAAAUGUUUAGACUUACACGAUCAUUGCUCAUUUUUCCCCAUUUGGGCCGUUCCAUGAUAUGUGAUGUAGUAUUAUUUUGAAUUAAACUUUCUGUUUACAAACCCGCACUGCGACCGCUCACUGGAAUGUC